GCUUCUGCCUUCUCCCCGCCAUCUGUGUGCAUGCAUGGCCCUCUUUUAUUGACAUCUCCAUUCGAUGCCAGACCCUUACAUAUCCGGCGCCAUGGCCUCGGUUACUGCUAAUUUAAUUUCUCCCAACCGAAGCCCCAGGGUUGAUCGAUGUACAACUGGUACCUUCAGCUGCGGAGUACUGCAAUCACGAUGUCCCCUCUCUGGGCGACAUGGUUCAUCAGUGUCGCUAGGACCCAGGUACUUGACGAAUUCGUUGUGUCGUACGAGUUUACAAGCUUUGCCAAUCGCCAAGUGGUUCAUGUGCGGUCUACGCUGGCUCAAUCCUUACCUAGGUAGACAACCCUGACAUCUCUCUCUCAUAUCAGCCAACUCUGCUAUGUUAUCUCUGGACCGUCUGAACUGGAUAAUAACAGACAACCCGCACCGAGGUGGCCCUGAGCAAACACCUCUAGUGCUACAGGAACACGAGCUGCGCUUGACGAUAGCGCCUCACCUUUACAUUGCGGGAGCGCACGGCCCAAACUGGAAUGCCUCCACAAGCUCCAUCCGUCUGUAAGAUCUUCCAGCAUUCGCCUCUUCUAACACUGGCGUUUGCGGUUCCGGUCGAGCCAAGCCAGCCCACUAUUCUCAACCUCUGGGAAACUCAUAACACCAUCAUUGUCCUUCUUACCUACUCAGGUAAGGCGACAAGCGAGAAUACGCUGCUAGUUCUAGGAUAUAUAUAAAUCCUUAGACUACGAGCGCUACCGCAUGCGGGGUUGGAAGUCAGCAGUACUCCUGAUUGCAUUGUGACCAGGUUCCUUUCGGAAGAAGGCCCUCGCCUCGGCUGCUAUCGCUGAGAAAUCCCCUCUCUUCUUAAAAAUGCCAAUGCAGCAUGCCCUUGAUCCCCCUUGUCGUCUGAUCCUGCCUCUAGCGCGUCAUCUCAGGCCCGAGGUUGUGGGAAAGGACCCCGUUCGCUCCCUUAUGCACCUGCUUUCGUCUUAUAUUGCCCAUCUCACGAUCUUUGUGUAACGUGUCUCUUGUUCAAAUCAUACAGCUGAUACAUUACCCAAAUACUCAUCUACACCAUGGGGCGAGAAGAUGUCGAAUUCAAAACCUCUGAUCGAGUCACUCUCAGAGGCUGGUUGUACACCAGCGACCUGUCCUCGGGCAAGUCCCCUUGCCUGGUCAUGUCUCAUGGCUUCUCCGCCUUGAAAGAGAUGGACCUCAAUACCUUCGCCGAGUACUUUGUUUCAAAGCUUCCCAUCGCCUGUCUGGUCUAUGACAACCGUGGGUUCGGCGACAGCGAUCAUGCUGAAGGCGAGCCCAGGAGUGAAAUUGUCCCUAUGACCCAAUGCAGCGAUAUUUCCGAUGCUAUCACAUACGCAUCAACAAGAUCAGAGGUCAAUCCUGAUAAGAUCGGGAUCUGGGGUUCGUCCUACAGUGGUGGCCAUGUCCUCUACGUCGGUGCCGUCGAUAGAAGAGUCAAGGUCGUGCUCAGCCAGGUCCCAUGCGUGAGUGGCUGGGACAAUUUUGGACGUCUUGUUCGCCCAGACUUUGCGGUUGGCUUCAGUGCCAACUUUGCCGCAGAUAGAAUUGCCCGGGCGGAAGGCAAGGAACCGGGUUAUGUGCCCGUUGUUGACGCCGAUCCUUUGAAACCAUCAGCCUUACCAACCCCCGAUAGCUAUGAAUUCUUUUCCUCGUGGGAGAAAAAAUCAAAUUGGAAGAAUGCCGUAACUCUCAAAACGGUCGAGCUCUUCCGUGCCUAUGAGCCACAACAACUAAUCGACAAAAUCGCCCCCACACCACUCCUGAUGACCGUUGCGACCGGUGACGUGCUCACGCCUGCAGACCUGGCUCUUGGUGCAUAUGCUCGUGCAAAGGAGCCUAAACAGUUGCAAUUGUUGCCUUGUGGACACUUUGAGGCAUAUUCGGGGCCCUACUUUGAAAGGAACGCCGGCACACAGGCGGAAUUCUUGAGGAAGUGGUUGGUAGAGAGUUGAGCUAGGCAAAUAGCUAAGGCGACUGUGUUCAUUCGUGUCGCGGCAUGUUUUAUCAAAGCUUUUAUCCUGCUGUGACGUUGCGCCGUGAGGGCUAUUGAUAUGCUGGGAUGUGAGGCAUGAUACAACUGCCUUAUAGCAUUUAAUCCUCAACCUCGGUAGUGGGCAAGAUAGGCUGCAAGGAGACUGUUAAGAAGUAAUUCAAUUAUGCUGACUGACCA